AUGGCUACGUCUGAGGUGUUGCCCGAGAUCGUCUUGUUCGGCGCUUCGAUGACGGAGUGGAGUUUUGGAGAGAAGACACAAGGAUUUGGGUGGUUUUUGGAGAAGAACUACACAUCAACUCGUUUGAAAGAGGACUUUUCCCGAAUAAUCCACCGCGCAACAUCUCCCGCCGCAGCACCAACCCUCCUCUUCACAAUCUUCAUCGGUGCAAAUGACGCCUGCAUGAUUGGAGAGACGGAGUACGUGCCUUGGCCUCUAUUUUCAGCAAACAUCCGCGGCUUUCUCGAUACCAUUCUCACUGAGCAUGCUAUGGAAAACACAAAGAUCGUUCUAAUCACCCCUCCGCCCAUCAACGGAGCUGUGGUUGAGACUGGGGAAGGUACGUCUGCAAAGGAGAUUGAGGAAAUCAAUCAAUCAAGAAAGGAAGGGCCAAGGUACAAGACUUACAUGAGCAAGAAGAGGUAUGCAGAUGGCAUCAUGCAAAUUUCGAAAGAGUAUGAAGAGACAGGGAGGGUUGUUGGCCUUAACUUCUGGCAAGACAUUGUGGAUGCAGUCAUUGAAGAAGAAGGAUGGCAAUAUGAUGAGCAUGUGCCGCCAGGAUGCGGCCUGCUUGGCGCGAAAUCGUUCCCAACGGGAUGGUUUACGGAUGGGCUGCAUUUGGAUGUCAAGGGAUACGGGGUACUGAAUAAAGCACUGUACGAGUUAGUGCCAGCGAAGUGGCCAGAGCUGGCAGCUGAAAGGUUGUGA